ACAAACCUUGGGAUCGCGCCGUGCCCGUCCGCUUCAUUACCACAAUGUCGCAAAAAUUUAGGAUAACUUUGGACACCACCAUAACGCUUGUGCAGCAAUUCCAGCUAGCACUCGCCACACCUGUUGCGCAAGGGUCCGGGCAAGUCUCCGGGAAAGAAGCCCUCCCCCUCCUCUCGGCCUCAUCGACGGCACUUAAAUCCCAAGUCACCAAACUCUCGCUCCUAACGAUCACCUCGCCGUUCACACAUUCGGCCGUCACUAGCGUUCUUUCGGAGAUCAACGAAUCAGUGCUUCCCUCCCUAGUGACUGCGGCUCUUCUGGUCACUCCAAUCGAUCACACCCAAGCCUUCCAGACCGAAGUUUUGGUCCUGACAAAAUCCACCGUGAGGGAGUUGGCAUCACUGCUUAAAGAAGUUCAAUCCGUUGCAGAUCGGAAGGAUGAAACAACGGACUCCCCCAAACGGACGCAGGAACUGUCUCAGCAGGAAAAGGACGUGGUUACUGUGGCUGCAGGGCGCGUGUGGGAAGCUUGUGACGUGUUGGUCGACUUUGCCGCAAAAGGAGUCAUUGGAUUCGUGAUCAGGCGUGUCGAGGAAUGGAGGGACCUGGUACGAGACGCGGUGGAGGAGAUCGAAGAAUGGGACCCAGACGAGGAAGGGGAUGACUUUUUCGAUGACCUUUUAAGCGAUGGCGGGCAGAGCAGCACCGGAAAGAAUGGGGAUGAGGACGAUGAGGGAGAUGACGAUGGAGAGAGUAGUGCUGUCCUCCAUGAGAACAAAAAGAACGCCAUUCGAAUCCUCAAGCCCGUCGCGCAGAUUUAUCCCGCCAUCGUCACAAACCGCCUGAAAACCGCUCCUGAACUAUCACCGCCUCUUGUCAGCCAACUGGAGAACUUGAUGCUGAACCUGCGUUCCAUCCCAGAGAAUGUCGACGAAGUCGCUGGAGCCCUAUACGAAGCCAAUUUCACGAAAUCUAAUCACUAUCUCGGGGCAAUUAAAGAACAUGCCGUCAAGGCCAUAAAGACCGUGGCUUUACCGUGGACGUCUCCUGAGUCUCCUAGUCCCGCACAGGAGUCGGAAGACAAAUUUGCGACUUGGUCGAAGACGUGGUUGAAAGUGGUGGGCGAGGUCAGCAAGACUAUUGUCAGCGAGGAUGCUAAGGGUGGGAACUGAAAUGGAGAUGUACGCAGUCCACAUAUACGAUUAGAAAAAAAAAAAAAGCGCAUUAAACCUUUG